CGCCCCUGCCGUGCGCUCCGGGAGCCGAGGCCACCGCGGAGCCCCUCGCGGCCCCUCUGCUCCGGGACAGGGGAGCGCGUCUCUCAAAGCUCCCCGCGGCCCCGCUGCGGGAGCGGCCGCCCGGACGCGCGACCCCAGGCUCGGCGGGCAGGUCUGGCGGCUCCGUGACCGGAGGCAGUUCUGUGAGCUUCCUCCAGGCUGCUGACCUCAGCGUGACUCCUUCUUCACUGGCUUCAUGUCACAGUUUGCCUGCCCCCUCCACUGGGGACAUUCCAGCUGUUUCCAGCUUCUCAGGAGUCAAGCUGCCGUGAACUUUCGCACACUUGUCAUUUUCUGGACAUUGGCAGUCCUUUAUCUAAGGCUGAGCUGGUUGCCCACAGGUGCCCCCGCCCCAUCUCAGGGCGUGGCCGCCCAGCCCUGAGCCGAUCCUGAGGGGUCAGAGAUGGCACUGACCCCUGAGUCCCGGAGCAGCUUCCCUGGGCUGGCCGCCACCGGCAGCUCUGUGCCGGAGCCGCCUGGCAGCCCCAACGCAACCCUCAACAGCUCCUGGGCCAGCCCGACGGAGCCCAGCUCCCUGGAGGACCUGGUGGCCACGGGUGCCAUUGGGACUCUGCUGUCAGCCAUGGGCGUGGUGGGCGUGGUGGGCAACGCCUACACGCUGGUGGUCACCUGCCGCUCCCUGCGCGCGGUGGCCUCCAUGUACAUCUACGUGGUCAACCUGGCGCUGGCUGACCUGCUGUACCUGCUCAGCAUCCCCUUCAUCGUGGCCACCUACAUCACCAAGGAGUGGCACUUCGGGGAUGUGGGCUGCCGCGUGCUCUUCAGCCUGGACUUCCUGACCAUGCACGCCAGCAUCUUCACGCUGACCGUCAUGAGCAGCGAGCGCUACGCCGCGGUGCUGCGGCCGCUGGACACCGUGCAGCGCCCCAAGGGCUACCGCAAGCUGCUGGCGCUGGGCACCUGGCUGCUGGCACUGCUGCUGACGCUGCCCGUGAUGCUGGCCAUGCGGUUGGUGCGCCGGGGCCCCAAGAGCCUGUGCCUGCCCGCCUGGGGCCCGCGCGCCCACCGCGCCUACCUGACGCUGCUCUUCGCCACCAGCAUCGCGGGGCCCGGGCUGCUCAUCGGGCUACUCUACGCGCGUCUGGCCCGCGCCUACCGCCGCUCGCAGCGCGCCUCCUUCAAGCGGGCCCGGCGGCCGGGGGCGCGCGCGCUGCGCCUGGUGCUGGGCAUCGUGCUGCUCUUCUGGGCCUGCUUCCUGCCCUUCUGGCUGUGGCAGCUGCUCGCCCAGUACCGCGAGGCCCCGCUGGCGCCGCGGACGGCGCGCAUCGUCAACUACCUGACCACCUGCCUCACCUACGGCAACAGCUGCGCCAACCCCUUCCUCUACACGCUGCUCACCAGGAACUACCGCGACCACCUACGCGGCCGCGUGCGGAGCCCGGGCAGCGGCGGAGUCCGGGGGCGCGUUCCCUCCCUGCAGCCCCGCGCCCGCUUCCAGCGCGGUUCCGGCCGCUCCCUGUCUUCCUGCAGCCCACAGCCCACGGAGAGCCUCGUGCUGGCCCCGGCGGCCCCGGCCGGACCUGCGCUGGAGAGUCCCAGGGACCCGGCGUGAGCAAGCGGAGGGGCGGCUGGAGUCCAGGCGGGGACGGGCCCCAAAACCUCAGCCACCACCGGGAGCCCCUCCACAGAGCCCCCCACUCCGAGAUCACAGGUCCUGCCCCUCCUCCUCAGUCCCCUUCCGGAAAGGUCCUGCUUGCUUCCCCUCAGUGCCCUCCCAGUGAUGCCCAGAAGCGCCCACCCGCCUCCCUGAGGGUCUCCAGGAGGCUCCAGUCCAGUCCCGGCUUCUGGAGACCACG